CCCUGCCCCGUGGCCUGUUAGUUUCCGGCUGAGGCUUCCUUCGGGCAGGACCUGAAGACAUGGGCGCUACCUGGCGGAGUCCGGGGUGGGUGCGGCUCGCGCUCUGCCUCGCGGGCUUAGUGCUCUCUCUCUACGCGCUGCACGUGAAAGCGGCGCGCGCCCGGGACCGGGAUUACCGCGCGCUCUGCGACGUGGGCACUGCCAUCAGCUGUUCGCGCGUCUUCUCCUCCAGGUGGGGCCGUGGCUUCGGACUGGUGGAACACGUGCUGGGCAAAGACAGCAUCCUCAAUCAAUCCAACAGCAUAUUUGGUUGCAUCUUCUACACACUGCAGUUGUUGUUAGGCUGCCUGCAGGGCCGCUGGGCAUCUGUUCUACUGAGGUUGAGUUGCUUGGUGUCUCUAGCUGGUUCUGUGUACCUGGCCUGGAUCCUGUUCUUCGUGCUGUAUGAUUUCUGCAUCGUUUGCAUCACUACUUAUGCCAUCAAUGUGGGCCUGACGGUGCUCAGUUUCCGGGAGGUCCAGGGACCCCAGGGCAAGGUCAAGGGGCACUGAGCCCUCACCCCAAGCCAGAGUGACCUUUGCCCAAGAAGGCCACAUCUGGUCCUUGGAAGAGUCUGCAAGUUGCCCCUGCCAUACUCCCACACAGGACAAUGGACCAAACAUGCCACAGUUUGCUACCUUAGUGCCUCUGUUUCUGUCCCCAAAGGCUGAUUUCCAAAGCUCCUACUGUUGCUCCAGGAGGGAAGUUUCGGAGCAAUAAAAUUUCUUAAAUAAAUUGGCCAAAUCUGA